UGUCUUGAAAGCACCAAUAGCAUUGAGAUCAGAACUAGUUUUUCUCGCAUUGAGCGUCAUUUUACCAACUACACCUCCCGCCCCCUCAGCGCACUCUCGGGAACGUGGUUGCACUAUUCGACUCAAUUUCGUUAUCAUCCGUUGUCAUUUUACUCUUAUGUGCAACGGACUUUUCUCUUAUGUUCACAACUAUUUGUGUGAAGAUGACUAGCUUGAAGGCGUUUAAGGAGCCAUUCGAUAGAAUAAUCUCUGAACCAGUGGAGGACACAGAUACGAGUAGCUUCAUGGCAGAAAUGUCCUUGAAGUCCAACUAUCCAGUCCAAGUCACAGAACCUCAAGAUGCAGUGACACUGCAGCUGAGGUCCAUGCCACCUGGCUACCUCACACCUCCCUCAGGCAGAAUAAGACAGCCAGUAGAAGUUGGUGUGGAGUGCAUCUGCACAGGCUCCAUCUUACAAGACUUCCCCAAGGAGCUGCAGUUCUUGAACAACCCCUGUGAGAAGUGUUGUUGCUCAGCUCCACCUCCAAAGAUCAGUGACCUGAUGGAUGACAAGGACUUGCUGGACUUACUGCGUCUUAAAUUGGACCCAAAUCAUUGCACUGUUAAGAACUGGAAGAACUUUGCGAGCCGUUGGGGUAUGAGCUAUGAUGAGCUGACUCUGCUGGAGCACCGGACCCAGGGCUCAAUGUGCCACAGCCCCACACAAGAGUUCCUGCUGCGCAACAACCACAAGACCGUCACUGAGCUCACCGAACUUUGCCGGGUUUACCAGCGCAUUGAUGUGCUGCGGCUUCUGCAACGCUGGAUGGAUAACGACUGGCCCUCACGCUGGCAAAAUGCUCAUUAACCACUUGCCCCAACCCCUGAAAAUCCCUCAGAAAUUAUGCAAAUUACUUUUUACAUUUUGCUAUACACUUUAUUGAAUUAGCAACAGGGACUUGGACCAUUUUUUCUUUAACAGAAGCCCAUUUAUUUAACAUCCAGUGGUUCCAGGAUUUUGGUUGAGAUGGUGUGCAAAAGACCGGUGGAUCACAUUUUAUGACUCCUGCGGAGUUGAGGACUUAGUAGGACUGAUUUCCAUUGUGUACUCUUUACCAAUACUGUAAUUCUGAGCAUCUCAACCAGCUCAUUAUUUUCUUUUUCAAAGGUCCCGCAACAUCAGAAUUGCUGUGUGUCCAAUAGUGAUGGGUUGUUCGCGAACAAACGGCUCUUUAUGAAAAGAUCGUUUUUGGUGAACUUCAGGAAACAAAUUGCAUCGUUGAAAGAGCCGUUCAUUUGGCUCCCUGAUUUGCAUACUGCUACUAUGCAAAUAUAACGUGUACAUUCUGGUCCACAUUCAUUUUUGCAGUGCGUUAAAAAUUAACACCAUUUUUUGGACCGAUCUAAUAAUUUCACCACAUAAACAUUUUUUUGAACACGUAUUUCACGAUCUGACAUAAUGGUAGCCUACCUUUUGGGCAUUACAUUGGAGAUUGGAAAUCAUGGUUCUAGGACAAUCUUAAGUGGAACUGUGCUAACCAACAUGGCACAUCAAGAAGUGGAAAAGAGAGAAGAUUUAAAUGGUGAACUGUUAGUACAUUUUUACUUAUUAGAACAGUCACCAUAGUAAUGACAGACAAUAAUAAUCAAUGUAGUAUAUAUAAUAUGGCAAAGGAGACAGUGUUGCGUAUUGGUCUUUAUAGUCUCAUAAAAACAUGAAUCAUCUCCAAAUAUUGUAUUGUUUGUAUUAAUAGUUAAUGAGUCUUGAUUAUUUUGGGAUAGUUUGAUGAAGCUGAGGUCAUGUUGUCAAAAUGAGAUAUCUCACUCCGGUCUGAAUCCUAAUUAGCAAUUUUCCCUUACGUUUUAUAUUUUUUGUGGUUACAAUUCCCCCCACCCCCACUUGAAGCAAAUAAAAGCUAGAUGUUUUCCAGCUUCUUGCUAAUCUUAUGAACUAUUCUUCAUCAACACGUUUCAAUAGUCAUCAUUGAAAAUACAGAGCUGAGAAAAAAAAGGAUUUCUGUUGGAAGUUACCCAUGAGAGUUUGAGCUUUCUGUGUAUAUGAUUAUGUAACUUGGUAAAUGUUUAUUUAUCUAGAUUUCAGUGAUGAAUAUCCAAUCAGAGGAAUUCAAACCUGUCAUUUAAUUAUACAGUAUCAUAUGGUUGUUGUCAAUUAUAAAUUAGUAGUCUAUCAUCAAUAAAUGACAAAGAAACAUAA